UUUCUGGGCGUAAAAGAAGGCGGGAAAAGAAUAAAUAAAAUAAAGGAACGUGGCGACGAAGAGGCCGAGCCACGCGCGUACACUGAGUUUCCCUAAAUGGAACACGGCAGCAUGGGAGUUCCGAGCUCAGACGGUGGGCGUGGCUAGGCGAGAGACGGCGGCGUUCGGAAAACCAAGCGGGUCUUCACUUCUGCCGCUGGCGCACCAACUUCGAUCAAGGGAUCUUUGGAAGGCUUCCCCCCUCCCCGCCUUUCUGCCUCCUAAAAAGCGAACAUUCCGCUGGCAUGGAGGCGCGUCAUGCAGUUGUUGCGGGCUCCGAAGCCGCGGGGAGUAAGUGGCCGAGCAGGACCUGUUCGGUGCUCUGUUGCCUGGCGAUGGUUGCCUUGCUGGCGCUCCUGAUAGCCAUCGCUUGCCUGGCGCUGCGAGGUGAGGCAUGGCGGGAGAGAGCGGCCCCGCUUCCCGAAACAGGGCAAGAUCCAGGACAUGAAAAAGAGAAAAUGGAUAGUAUAGAAACCAGCAUUUUAGGAUUUUGGAGUAUUGUUGUUCUAGCCAUGAUGACUGGGCUGUCGUGUUGCAGUUUUUCCUGGACAGUUAUCUAUUUUGAUUCAUUCGAACCAGGAAUGUUUCCUCCUACUCCACUCUCACCUGCACGAUUUAAGCGACUGACUGGACACUCUUUUCAUAUGGGCUAUAGUAUGGCUAUAUUGAAUGGAAUCGUGGCAGCUUUCACUAUAGCCUGGUAUCUUUUAUAAUCUGCUUUUAAAUCUGUAUUUCGGAAUAUAGCCCUUGAAACCAACCAGGCAGCCAUUUGUACACAAUAUGGUAUUUGCUACACUUCCCUUAUUUGUUUUGUUUAAUAUGAGGGAAAAUAUUAAAACACAUGAACUGAUGGAAAUUGACAAGAAAAGUCAACCCACGCAUUUAAGGAACCAUUUUCAGAUUCCACUUGACAGCCUCAACUAAGAAUGAAUGGUGAUGUUUAAUUCUGAAGAUCUUCCUACAGUAUUUUUGCAUACCAUUAAAUAAAUUUAAAAUAAGUUCUUAUCUUGAUAUGCCCCAUAUAUAUCAACAACUUAUUGGAUUUGUUCUUUAUGCUAAGUAAUUCAAUUAUUUACUGGAAUUAGAUUUUUUUAUAUAUUGUUGAUUAACGGGGGUCAUGUAUCAAGCUUAAAUUGCUUUGAAAGGUUUUUUUUUUAAUUGAUACAAUGACUUGGUGGUAUUUUCCCAUGUGUGUAUUCAAUAUGCAGUAUUAACUCUUCUGCCUUCUCAGCCUUUAUGCUUCAAAUACUUUGUAUUAGAGCAGCCUCAUUUUUAGACUACCAUGGACUAGAAAUUACGGGAAACAAUGAAAAUUAUUGUCUAAAUAGCUUGGUGUUCUGGAUGCUAAAUUGGUAUUUUGUGGUAUUUGCAAAUAAUUAAAAUUUAAGAUACUUAUAGUUGAUCAGGCAAAAUGAAAAAAUUGAAGUCUGCAUUAUUUGUAAUAAGUAAAGAUGUACAAGGGUUGUAGUGGCUCAGCAGCUAAGACGCUGAUUUUGUUGAUCAAAAGGUCAGCAGUUCAGUGGUUCAAAUCCCUAGUGCUACGGUGAGCUCCUGUUACUUGUGCCAGCUUCUGCCAACCUAGCAGUUAGAAACUGCCAACCUAGCAGUUAAGAAGCAAGUAGAAAAAUAGGGACCACCUUUGGUGGGAAGGUAACAGUGUUCCGUGCGCCUUUGGUAUUUAGUCAUGCCGGCCACAUGACCACGGAGAUGUCUUCAGACAGCGCUGGCUCUUUGGCUUUGAAAUGGAGAUGAGCACCACCCCCUAGAGUCGGGAACGAUUAGCACAUAUGUGCGAGGGCAACCUUUACCUUUACUUUCAAGAUGUACAUGUUCUUAUUAAAAUGUGUUGACACAAAAAAAAACCAUGUAUUUGUUGAAUUAUGAUUCUGUAUUUCUAAAAUACUAAGUUCCUGUUGCACAUUAGAACAACAGGGAAAUUUAAUGAGUGAUUAAGAGUUUUCUAGUGAAAUUAAUUCAGUGUAAACCUAUUUAUUCUCUUUCAACAUAAGGAAGGGUUGAAAACACAUUUGGUUGAAACCAGUUUAGCAUUUGAUGGAUAUAAGGUCUUUUCCCCUUAUACCUUGAAGUCACCAAAAGUCUGUGCUAGAGAUUCAUCAACAAUCAGGAACAAAAUUUCAGCGGCUACAGGAACGUAUCAGUAUCUGCAGGAACUGAAAAGCUCACCCCACUUUUUGAUUAUUCUACCAUCAAUGAGUUUGGAUCUAAAAUGUUAGUUUAAUUUUUUUCUUGUUCUUAAGCAAAAUCAUGAUAUCAUUACAUUUUGAUUAUAGAGUAAUUUUUUUAAAAAAAUCCUUUGUCUUAUACUUCUUUGUUGGUAUGUUUUUCUCCACAAAACUGGUAACACAGCAUGCAAAACAUUUGUAUGGAGAAGGCAGGAUAGCAAUCCAUCUGAUGAAUAGCAAAGCACAAUUGAAAUAUUUAUCAACUAUUUUAAUUUUCUGGUGUCUACAAUGAGCAAAUAAUUGAAUUAUUUUAAGCUAUUCUUAAUUCAAUUUUUGCUCUCACAGCUGGAGGACUGGUUGUGGGCUCAGAAAGAGUCAUGGAUGAAUGUUUUGGCCAGGUUAGUUAAUGUUUUGGAGGUUAAACGUAGGAAUGGCAAAUGAAGCCUCUUGGUUGGAAUCAGUUUCCCAUUUCUGUUCUUUCAAAAGCACUCCAAUGCUGUCAGCAAAAUUAUCUAAAUUGUGCUGUUGGAAUCAAAAUUUCAGCAGCAUAAUUUGGGAUUAGGUGUUAGGCAAAAAUAGAAAUGCUUUACUUCCCAGGAAUUUUUUUUACUUCUAUAGCUAGAAAUUAUCAGGAGUGAAAUGCUCCCAGUUCGGACCGGCUUGCCCGAUCCAGCGAUGGCAGCUGCUGGUUCAGAGGACCGGUAGCAAAAAUCCCUGGUCCCGCCCCCUGCCUCUGCUGAGCCGGACCAUCAGCAGAGGUUUUUUUUUUUACUUUUAAAAGCAGUUUUUCUUCAGCCGAAAACAUGCCUUUAAAAGUUAAAAAAAAAAACCUUUGAGGAUUCCGCGGCUCAGCUGAGAUCGGCAGAGCCUUUAAACUCCUUUUUAAAAAAGUUUUUUAAAAAAGUUUUAAAAGGCUCCUCUGGCGAUCUCACCUGAAUUCCUCAUCACCAGAAUCUUUAAAAACAUGUUUUCUACAAGCUCUUCUCGGCCGAAGAGCUUGUUAAAACAAUUAUUUUAGGAGGUUCUGGGCUGCUAUGAGGGAACUUCAGCUGAGAUCGUCAGAGGAGCUUUUAAAAUCUUUUUUUCCUCUGGUGAUCCCAGAUGAGUUUCCUGAUCCUCACAGGCUUUUAAAAUCAUUUUUUAACAGCGCCCACUUACAAGAGCCCCCACCCAUACCCACCCAAUGCCCCCUCCUCACCUCUAAUUACUGUUCCUUUUGGGCUGGCAACACCAUGCUUUACUUCAGCUACUGAUUACAGCCUGCUUUGACUGCCUGAUUUGCUGAAUGAGGAACUCUGGGAGUUGAAGUCCACAAAACUUAAAGUUACUAAGGUUGGAGACCCCUGAUCUAAAAAUAAUAAAUAAAAUAAUAAAAUAAAAUAUUUGUGCAGCUUUCUGAGAUUUGGUGUGUUUCUAGUGCUUCACUCUAACUACACAAACACACAAAAUCUCACAAAGCUGUAUGUGGCAUUUUGUGUGUGUGUGAGUCAGUUGUGUUGUGUGUGUGUAAAGUGUAAAAGUGUGAGAUUCCUGCUUGUUGCAGGGGCCAUUUUGGGUGAAGUGCAGCUGCUUUUACAUUGUGUGUGAGUUGUGUUUGUGUGUGUGUGUGUAGAGUAUGAAAGUUGGUUUUUGGUACCUCUUAUUGUUUUGUAUACUUUAUUUAUUAUUUUUAUUUAUUGUUAUUGGUCACGCCCACCCAGUCAUCUGACCACCAAGCCACGCCCACCAAUUAAGCCAUGCCCACAGAACCGGUAGGGAAAAUUUUUAGAUUUCACCCCUGGAAAUUAUGCUUCCAAAAUUUGGCCAUUGUGCCACUUAGCCUUGGCAGUGCAAUCUUGGAAUGUAGUGGAAUGUACAAUUGGGCUUUUGCAUUUCUUUGAUUAUUCUCUCCCCCUCCCUUCCUCCCGCCCCUGCAAUUUUUCUUCCAUUAAAAAUAGGCAUAAGUUUUUUAUUUAAAUUAUUUGAUUAAAUUUCAUCACAGCUCAUUGUGAAAUUGCAUCCUCUUCUCAAUGCAUCCUUAUCCCUCUGAAGGAAGGCAUUGCUUUUUAAACUUAAUUCUCAAUCUGGCCCCCACUUUUCAUGUGCAGCAAUCGUAUUGUAGUUAUUAAAGGGUUGAACUAGGACUGGAAGACCGAAGUUCAAUUAUAUAUUUGUUUGUCCCACCUUUAUUCUUUUAUAUAAAUAGCUCGAGGCAGCAAAAAUACUUAAUACUCCUUUGUCCUUCGAUUUUCCCCAGAACAACAACCUUGUGAGGUAGGUUGGGCUGAGAAAAAUGAUUGGUCCAAAAUCACCCAACUGGUUUUCAUGCCCAAGGCUGCAUUAGAACUCAUUCUCUUAGUUCCUAGUCUGGCGCCUUAACCACUACACCAAACUGGCUCUUAGUGCAUCCUUGAAUCUUUCUGUGUAGUUUUGGAACAAUGGUGAAUGCUUUGUUCAAGCCCCGUCAAGCUGGUGUGCUCAGCACUUGCUUAUCCCCCAUAGUUCUCAUGACGUUUGUGUUGUAAAUGUUGUACCUUGAUGAACGUAUCUUUUCUUUUAUGUCCACUGAGAGCAUAUGCACCAAGACAAAUUCCUUGUGUGUCCAAUCACACUUGGCCAAUAAAAUUCUAUUCUAUUCUAUUCUAUUCUAUUCCGUGCAGCACUUGCAAAUUCAGCAGGAACCUCUUAUUUGCUGGAAAGCAAUUUGGCUUCCACACAAGGCAGGGCUUGGCUUUUGUGGAAUCCAGUAUGCGUAGAGAUAGUCAAAUGAUGUCAGUAGGAAUGGGGAUUACCUCCCAGAAGAGCUGUAGAUAGAUAAUGCCUGCAUGGGUUUAGCUCUCAAGUUUUUUCUUGAGAGGAUAAUACAGCUGUUGGAGGAGAAAGAGCCCUGAACACCAUACUGAAUUGCUUGUGGAAAGGUAUAUAAGUGUGAUUAAUUAUUAGAAAAUCCAGGAUAAUUAGUUUUGUCGCUCUUUGCUUCCUGAUCCAUGUUGCAUGAAGAAAAGGGAACUGCAGUGACAGGAAUCGGGAGAUUUGAGUAAUUAUGAUGUGGAUAGCUAAUUAAAUGUUAACAGAUUCCAUGAAAAAUGUUAGUUAAAGAAGAAUAUUUUAUGAAGGGCAAUUCAUACCAUCCACUUCUGAAACCCUUUCAGUGUUACCUGGACACUUUGCCAGCAACCAGAGGAAUAUAAAGAAAUUUAAUCAAAUUUUGUGUAGUGGCCUGAAGGAAUAGAGAAGAAGAGAGGUAGGACUGUCCUUGGAUAGAUAUCAAAGAACAAAUACGCAAGACUUUCAGAUUGGUCCUUCCUCAAUUAGUAGGAAGUCUAAAGGUUUUAAAGCACAUUAAUCUGCACUUGCUUAAAAAAUGAAAUCCAAAUUUGAGAUUUUUAAAAAUAAGCUUAUAUGUAUAUUCCAAAUUUUUCUUUGGACUUCUCGUGUGUGUGUGUGUAUGUUUUAUUUUCUAUGUUACAUUAACCAUUUGUAUCUAUGUCGCUAUAGAUGUGUUUUUUAUGGUAGACAAUGUGAUAAAGAAAAGUUUGAAAUGAAUAGGUUUAGAGCAGUUCUUAUCUUUUUUCCAAAUAAAUUCACACAAGAAAAAAAAAGGCAUUUAUAUAGCCUAUGUAAGUAAAACAGCCACUAUGGGUAAUACUUAAUAUCUGAAUAAAAUAAUGUUCAUGAAUCAAUUAUUCCCAUUCAAACGAAGCGUAUUUUAGAAAUGUAUAGAAAUGUAUUCUAUAGAUUUAUUAUUAUUACCAGGACUUCCCUAUGUAUUUUUAAUCUCAGUUGUUAAAUAUACAUACUUGCUUGGAGAAAAAUCUUUUAUUUUAAAAUAUUUUUAAAAAAAUACUCAGAUUAUAAACUUGCAUGAAUUCCUUUGGAUAUGUACCAAAGCAUAUACUAAAACAGAAUUGGAAUAGUGUAGAUAAUUACUUUUCUAAGAAAUACAAUUGAGCUUUGUUCUGGCUUUUAUAUUACUUUAUUGAUCUAGAAACAUUAACCUGCAUAACUGUCCACAUAGAAGCUGUUUUAUAUUUAAAUAGUUAGUGAGUCUGACUGAAUAACUUAAUAAACAUAUGUUAGUGUAUAUUAAUACCAGAGUAUCGCUGGCUUUUGAGAGCCAGUUUAGUGUGCUGUAGUGAUUUAAAUGAUUUAAAAUACCAGCCUAAAAACGUGGCAACUGGGAGUUCUAGCCCUACCUGAGGCACAAAGCCAACUGAUUGAUUAGGACAAUCAUUCUCACUCAGCGUUAGGAAGAAGUCCAUAGCAAACCACAUCUGAAAAAUAUUCAGUUUAAAAAAAAACUGUGGAAUUGUCCAUGUAGUGCCAGGAAUCAAGAUCGGCUGGAAGGCAAACCCUUUCACCUACUAGUCCCACCUCCCCUGACCUCAUAAAACCAUAUGGCAUUUAGUUCAUUAUAAAUUUACAUUUACCUCUUGAGCAGGACUUUUGCAUAAUGCUUCUAGGGCUUAAUUUGGCAUUUUAUUAUAUUAUACCACUUGGGUUAUAAUAUUGGUGGCUGUUUAGCUUUGGCCUUCAGGUCUCAAACUAUUUAACUUGGCUGUCAUCCCUUUAGCUCUCAAAAUAUCUGGAAGGUUGUAGAAGGGGGCUUCGCAGCAUUUUUGAUCUUAAUCUCCUUUGCUGCUGUCAGGGACGGAACACGGUAGAAGCAAAUUAACCUGCAUUUUAAAAGAAGGUCUGACUUGGAAACGACUUCUGAAUUUUGUGCUUGAGGUGGAAAAAGAUGAAACUGUGAUCUUGGGUUAGAUAGAUUUGUUGUUACAGAAAUGGCUAGUUUUUAUCAUUAUUGAAAAAGUAAAAGUUGGGUUUAGAUCCUAAUGCCUUAUUCAACUGCACCAAAGGAGUUGGAAGUCAAUGCCUUUUUUUUUCUUUUUCCUUUUCUUUCCCCCACUAUUCACUUCCCCCUUUCCUUCCCUAAUUUCUCUAUUUGCUUUUGUAUUAUCUUUGUAUGAUUCUGGGUUAAUGCAAACGUCAACCUUCUGUUGUUUGCAUUAACCCAGAAUUCAAGCCAUUUCAGAACCAGUACUGUUUGUAAAGUUUGGACUUGAAGCAGGGAAACUUAGUUUUUAGUGUAGCCUUAGCAAAGAAGUAUGCUAGGUGAUUUUGGACCAGUGUCUUAGCUCAUAUCAUUUUUGCUACCAUUGUAACAAACAAACAAACAAAAGGAUUAUUUUUUAUACACCAUUCUGAAGUUCUGAAUGAAAGGAAGUAUAUAAAUAAAGUAAAAUCAAAGCUUUAGUGGCAAUAGAAAAAACCUAUAUACUCAAAAGUUCUAACCAUCCAUUCCCAAUCUCUUGCUUUUGUUAAUACAAAGGGCAUUACAUGGGCACCUGUAGUAUCUAAGCAAUGAGGUUUGCAUGUUUUGAACAGCUCACUUUAACAGAAUCAUUUUUGCAGAAAUGUUGUUAUAAAUUAUAUAACAUAAUUUAACAUACUUUAUAGCAGACUUGAAAAUUAAGCAUUUUGUUUUCAAACGUCAUACCCUUAGCAUGCUAGAGGUCUGCAAAUUAAGUGCUGCUUGGGUCAUAUGUGAACUGUAGAUUGCUGACUGCACCCAAAGUGUAAAACAAAGGUAGACACAUUCUGUAGAUAUUUUGCACUACCUAUUCCAUACGUUUCAGCUAACACAAUAGUAAAGAAUGAUGACCAAUACAUUUUGGAACACUUCAGUUUGCUUCUUGCUGCCUUAGAGAAGAAAAGAAGUGGAAAUGUUUUUUAAAGUAUGAUUUAUUUUAUAAAACAAAGAUUAAAAGACUUCUUAUCUACUCCAUUGUCCUCUUUCUAGAACAAGCACUUCCUCUGUCAUGUUAGGGAUAAACAUGUUUAACCAAAGAGUUGGGCAAAAUGCUUGUGACCUGAGAGAAGGGUUCAUUGCUUAGUAUUUUUAUUCUGUAGCAUAUGCUAUUUGGCUAAUGUAGCUUUGGGAUUCUGGUUUAAGAUAAUCAUUAAAGUUUUUUGCUUUUUAAAAUGUUUUUUUUUCCCUCUCAGAUUUGCAAAAUGGCUUAUCUUGAAAGCACACCACUUUACUGGAGUGACGCCUGUGAUAGAAAUUAGAUUCUCAGCUAUGAUUUAUCUGUUCUUCCCUUCAAUUUUAUUUGUGGCAGUAUAACAUUUGUGCUCAGAAUGCUUUCUGUUUCCUCACUGUAAUGAGGAACUAUACAGGGUGAAGUCUUGAAUUAUGAAAAAGGAAGAAAAAGCCAAAGCAGCUGAAAAAAAUGCCUCAAGGCAGAAGUGACAUAAUUGCCACUAAAGUUAUUGUGGUCUGUUCCUUUCAGUAAGAUUUUGCAUAAGAGGUGUACUUGGCUCAGCAUUCAUGGGAGCAUAAUCUUGUCUCACCCAAAUGUUUAUCUCUAGGGGGACCUGAGGCAGAACAUCAUUCUUCUACCUACUACUCAACUACUGGGAUCAGCAAG